GCGGCGCGCGCGGCGCGGGAGCACGUGGGGGCGCCACCGGCCCCGCUCCCGCCGCCGCCGCCAUGGAGGAGCCGCCGCCCGAGCAGCCCCCGCCGCCCCCAGCGGGCGGGGAGGCCGCGGAUGCAGCCGGCCCCGAGUGGAACAUCCCGCCCAACGCUCCUGCCUGCAUGGAGCGGCACCUGGAGGGCGCGCACUACCGCGCAGACGGGGUCCUGCUGCUGGGUGCUUCGGGGCUGAGCGGCCGCUGCUGGACCGGCUCACUCUGGGUCUUCGCCGACCCCCGCCGCGCCCCCAGUGAGGGCUUCUGUACCGCCGGCGUCCAGACAGAGGCGGGCGUCGCCGACCUGCGCUGGGUGGCUGACAGGGGCAUCCUGGUGGCUUCCGACUCCGGCGCCGUGGAGCUGUGGGAGCUGGACGAGAACGAAACCCUCAUCGUCAACAAGUUCUGUAAAUACGAGCACGAUGACAUCGCGACGACGGUGGCCGUCCUGGCCAGCAGCACCCAGGCCGUCAGCGGUGGCAGGGACUUCUGCGUGAAGGUGUGGGACCUCCCCCAGCAAGCGGUGCUGCACUCCUACAGAGCUCACUCCGGUUCAGUGACAUGUGUGGCUUCCUGUCCUGGUAAGGACACUGUGUUCCUGUCCUGUGCUGAGGACAACAGAACUUUACUCUGGGACACCAGAUGCCCCAAACCAGCUACUCGAAUUGUUUGCAGUGCCUGUAAUCACCUCCCUACCUCAGUCAUGUGGCAUCCACAGAAAAGUGACAUCUUUGCUUUGGGUGACGAAAAUGGAACAGUUGCACUAGUAGACACAAAGAAUCCUGAUUCUGCCCUCAGCUCCACUGUGCAUGCCCGAAGUAUCACGGGGUUUGCAUUUUCUGCACAUAGUUCACCCUUACUGGCUUCAAUCAGUGAAGACUGUUCAGUAGCUGUUCUUGACUCAGACCUCUCAGAGGUGUUCAGAAACCGUUCUCACCGAGACUUCGUAAAAGGCUUGUCGUGGUCUCCUUCGGACAAUGCCUUGCUCACUACAGUUGGAUGGGAUCAUCAGGUUUUACAUCACACUGUCCCCAUACCAAGUGGUGACGCUUCUGGAGUCAACUGUGUAAAAGAAUAGCUUUUUUUAAACUCAGUGUCCAAAUUCCUUCCUGGCAUUACUUUGAUUCUGCUGAAGUCAAAGGCGUGUGUGAACUGGAGCGGGUAUGGUCUGGUGGCUGCCUUGAAGCUUGUGACUAAGAAGGUUCCUGUAGUAAUUUUAAGUUAGGCAUAAGUUAGUUACAAACCAAGCUUUACCCUCUCCUCAGGAGCUAGCUUCACCUGUGAUAAGACUUCAGUAUUUUACUCAGAAAAAAAAUUGACUUCAGGCACAGAGGAGACUUGGAGAGACAGGGAAUUAGGUAUAAUUUAAAAAAAAAAAAAAUCCAUUAAAUUCCUCCCUCAGUUCUCCAAACCAUCCAUGGAAUUAAUAGAAACAUUUCUGGGAGGAGGUUAAAAACACCUCUUGUUAGUUGGAUGCGAGAGCCUCACCCUUGAGCAAAGUUCUUUGCUAUGUAAAUCAGUUCUUCCAACUACUGGGAAGCCGGUCAGCACGGAAAGGCGAGAAGGAAAGGCGAGAAGGGGUCGCGCUGCUGUGCGUAACGCAGCACGUGGUUCAGAGGGUCGGGCUCCACUGCCCACCCGCGGGGAUGCUAUGGCAAGCACUGUACCUGCACUUCUGCUCCCUUGGUGGGUACUGGAAUGCCAGUGCUUGGUAUGAGCAGUCCUGUGUGCUGUAGGAUAAGGAUCCCAGCUGUAGCCCAGUCAUUAACACGUGCUGAAAUACUGGGACGCGUGAUGCUCGACACUGGCUCGCAGCUGAGGCCAGCUCAAAGGGGCGAUUGCUGUCGCAUGCAGAAAGCCAAGAGAAGGUAGCAGUUGCUGCGCUAUUUGACACCGUGUUUCAUCUCCUCUGUGCCGAAGACAGCUUAUUCAAAGAUAAUACCUGUGAACACAAGUUUAUGCAAGGGAAAAACUGGACUAAGGACUUUAGUUUUCAUUUGCUUGCUCCUAUAAACAGACUCUGCUUAGUGAUAAAUGAGACUCCUUAUGCACUUGUGAUGAGUGACUUCUUGUGCCGGAGACUGAGGGGACCAAGCAUCCCAUAAUCCCCAAAACAGACUCCACAUCAUUCUUAGAGGUGUUCUUUGCAGUAUACCACACACUUUUCAAACUAAACUGUUUCCCUGGAACGCAUUUAACUGAAAAAAUAAUUGCUGUGCAUGCAUUCCCACUGCUCUCGAUGCGGCCUGGUCUGGCCUAGUAUUUCCUAGACAGAAUAAAGCAGGCCCUGACUAACAAAACAAAAAAAUACUAUUGAAAUGAGUGCUACUCCUGUUUCUUUAGCACCAUAGCAACACUAAAGUGUACACCACUUCCAGCGGGCUUAUCCCUGCAUAAACAGGUUUUAGUUGAUGCAAAUUAUGCAGAGCCCACCAUUAAUUUUUAGGCAGACUAAGCUUUCCCAGGCUCUCUACUUCUCUCAUUAAACCUCAUUUCCUGCUUUUUUAAUUCCUGUGUCAUACAGGCGUUUACAGAGCAAAUCUGAUCUAGAGCAGCGUAUGACAAGGAAAAGGUAAAUGAUUAUAAAAACUGACAAGUUUCCUCAAAAGUACCCCUUGAACAACCAAAUACGUUACCUGUUGCGGGCCUCUGAUGGUGUACUGAAAACUGAAACAGGUUUUAUGCUGCUUGUGAAAAAGUUGUCUUGGAAAAAAGCGGAAGACGGUUUUUAAAUAAAUCAUAGUUUUCAUUUGUACCUGGGUAUAAAACUUUGACUGGGCCACUUCUGUAGCAGUGAAGAGCCAGCUGGGAUCACUCACGGAGUUAAAGUGGAGUGGCGACUGCAGUCCCUGAAAUUAAAACCGUUCUUAAAUAAA